AUGUUGUACGGCAACGGCGAAAAUGCUGGCAGCAUUGUGUGCAAUACAAUCGACAGCAUCAACAAGGAGGGGCUCUUUUCCCCUCAAGUGCGACAAGCAGGUGAGGAUCUGAGAAAAGUCCUGAACGAGAGAUACGAGGACCGCAAGAACCAUCCGGAGAAGUACCUCGGAGAAGACUCGCUGUUUGAGGAGUUCUUCGUUCUUUCCAAAGGUGAGGCAGACGACGAGAUGCUUCAAGGUCUGCAACAGUUCAUGCUGACCCUGCAGCUAGCUGCCAAUGGAAACCAGCUGGUGACCAUCCGCUGGCUCAUGUCCCAUGUCUACGGUGACCCGGCCAUCCUGGCGGGCGUCCGGGCAGAAGUGGAGGAGCUCUUGGCCAAGAAGGCUUGCGGCAUUCGUGACUUGAAGCUGGACGAUCUCUUGAGUCUCAACUUGACGAAUGCUUGCAUCACCGAAGCGGUCCGCUUGCAUAGCGAUAUUCCUUCGAAGCUUACGCUUAGAUCAGCCGAGAUACCCAUGGAAUUUGGAGGCUACAAGAUUCCUCAGGGGGCCACCAUCUUCUUGUACGCGGAUGCCGUUCACAAGGAUGAGAAGUACUUCCCGGAUGCUGCAGCCUUCUGUCCUCAUCGAUAUACCGAUCCUAAGGUCUUCAAUCAGAAGAUGAUGGACAGAGAAUUCGUCACUUUUGGCCAUGGCCGGAAAAGAUGCACUGGCGAGUUGCAUGCCAGAUCGCAAAUCUCGGCGCUUCUGGCUUCCUUUGUGAUGCGCUUUGACAUGGACCUGGUCACCAGCGCGGAAGGCAACAAGAUCCCAGAGGAUCACGAUGGCCCUUUCGUCUUCGACACCGCCAAUACCCUGAAGCUGGUGAACUUGCGACCGAGAGCAGGUGACGUGAGUGGCUCCAAGACGGCGGUUCCAUCGGUGGCCACAGCAGCUUUGAGCGGACUCCGCCAGCCUCCCAGCGCAUCGUCCGGAUCCUGUCCCUUCAGUGGUCUCUUUGGAAGCAAAUCGUGA